CUUCAUAUCACUUGAACACAGUCGCCGUGAAAUGCAUCGCUUGGGGGUGUUUGUUCUGAUUCUGCACGUUUCAAUGGAGCUCAGGAACCCCACGUUGUUGGGGCCGCACGCGCCAUGUGGUGGGAUAUUGAAGGUUUAUGACCGAGGUCAGUGGAAGUUCGUUUGUAGUAAUUCGUGGGAUUCAGCUGCUGGAGAGGUUGUCUGCAAGCAAAUUGGCUGCGAGUUUUAUGUCACAGUACAGAUACAGUCCAUUCCACAUGGAUCUGCCUUCCUGGAUAAGAUUCAGUGCGAAGGAACAGAAUCUUCAUUGUCGGAGUGUGCACUCAGUCCUUCCGGCCAGCAGAAGUGCAAGACUAAGACGGGCGUAUUCGUCAUCUGCAGCGGGGCAGUGAAUCAAAACCUGAUUUUUGGAGAUGGAGAUAGCCCAUGUGCUGGAAGACUUCAAGUUUACCUCCUUGGCUCAUGGCAACAUAUUUGUGGUCAAACGUGGGACAUGAAUGACGCUCAUGUUUUCUGUAAAUACCUCGGAUGUGGCGAAGCUGUAUCAGCAUCAGCAUCUCAGUUUGGAGGUCCCAAUUUGCCUGUGCUAAAUGUUGAAAUUGGCUGCAAAGGCAGUGAGAAGAUGCCCUGGGAUUGUGAAAUUAUUACUGAUAUUUACAGAACCUGUUCGAGAGAAGUGGAACCAGCUGGUGUCAUAUGUUCAGGAAAAAGGAGACCACGGUUAAUUGGUGGUAAUGAUACUUGCUCAGGAAGAGUGGAAAUAAUGUUUGAUGACACCUGGAACACAGUAUGUGAUACCCAUUGGGAUUUACAAGAUGCAGCUGUGGUCUGCAAUCAACUCAGUUGUGGGGCUGCAAUCUCAACUCCAGAAGGUGCAUACUUUGGAGAGGGAAAUGGGCCAAUAUGGAAUUAUAUCCACGUUUGCACUGGCAAUGAAAUCCGUUUGACUGACUGCCCAAUUGCAUCCAGGGGCCACCAUGACUGCACACACAGAAAUGAUGUUAGUGUCAUCUGUUCAGGUGAAGAUUGGCAGUUACGAUUGGCGAACGGAGAGAGCAUUUGCGAAGGCCGUGUAGAGGUUUAUUAUGACGGUGUCUGGGGGAGAGUGACUGACACUCAGUGGAAUUUCAAUGAAGCAGAAGUGGUGUGCAGACAGCUGAAAUGUGGUUCUGCAAUAAACAUUUACAACCACUUGAAGUUUGGGAAAGGCACCGGACCGACCUGGCUCAGUAAUGUCAGGUGCAACGGGAGUGAACCCUUCCUUUGGAAUUGCACUUUUACAAAAUCGGAGCAGUCAUCAAUUGGAGAUGACGUGGGAGUGGUGUGCUCUGAUCAAAUUCAGAUAAGACUGGUGGAUGGUGGAAGUGACUGUGCUGGAAGGGUGGAACUUUACUACAAUGGAAGCUGGGGAACUGCAUGCGAUGAUUCCUGGGAUUUAGCAGAAGCCCAGGUUGUUUGUAACCAACUGAAAUGUGGACAAGCUCUAACUGCAACAGUUUCCAGUUGGUUUGGUCCAGGAGUGGGGCCUAUUUGGUUAGACUGUGGAGUGAAUGAUUCUGUUCUAUGGGAAUGUCUGAUGGAGUCAUGGAGUGACAGUGACUGCAAUCAUAAAGAAGAUGCUGGUGUUAUCUGCUCAGACUACAGAGCUGUUAGGCUGCAGGAUGGAGCAAACCCAUGUCAGGGCAGAGUCGAAGUUUUCUACAAUGGGACCUGGGGGACUGUUUGUGCUGAUUCUUUUGAUAUGGAGGAUGCGGAAGUUGUUUGUAAACAGCUCAGCUGUGGAUCUGCCCAAUCUGUGGAUGUUGAUGUUACAUUUGGAAGCGGUUCUGGACCGAUCUGGCUCGAUGAUGUGAACUGUCGCUUGCAUGAUAUGUUCUUGUGGCAAUGUCCAUCUUCACCAUGGGGUGAACAUAAUUGUGACCACCAGGAAGAUGUUGGAGUUAUCUGUUCAGAACUAAUUCCAAGGAAAAUACGCAAUGUGGGAGACAUGAAGAACAGUAAAACGCAACCAGCUUCAGAAAAGUUUGAAUUGCAGCUGGCUGCAGGAUUUAAUAAUUGUUCUGGAAGAGUUGAAAUAUUCAUCAAUGGUACAUGGGGAACAGUUUGUGAUGAUUCCUGGGAUAAGCAGGAUGCUGCUGUGAUCUGUCGGCAUUUAAACUGUGGUAUUCCAAUCUCACCUCUGGAAGAGGUGCUGUUUGAAAGAGGAAAUGGCACAAUAUGGAUUGAUGAAAUUAAAUGCAAGGGGAGUGAAUUAUUCCUGUGGGACUGCCAAUUGUCAGUAAUGGCCAAUCAUGACUGUGAACAUAAAGAAGAUGUCAAUUUGAUAUGCUCUGGCCAUCAAGAAUUCACAGUGCCUUUCAACCAGCAAAGAAUUCCUCUCUUCAUCAUCCCUUGUGUUUUUGUUAUUCUUUUGAUUGCUGUGUCAAUUGCUUUGGCUGCAGAAUUACAGGGAGGCUUUCAGAAAGGCUACGGAAAGACACAAUAUCCUGCUAGUAGCUUUCCUGAGCCUGCUUAUGAAGAGAUUGAGAUUCACAACCUUAGAACAGGACCAGACACCCAAUCUAACAGUUCACUGAACAAACUGGAAUAUUAUACAGGAAGUGAGCUACAUGAGGGUGACGAUAUAUGUUUGCAAGAUUCAUUUGCUUCAUUUAGUACUGAAUUUGGAAGAGAAUAUGAUGACAUUCAAUAAUUUGAGAAGGAGCUGGGUUGACUUUCAUCAUUGCAUUACUGAUUUUUAAAAAAACCCACAUUGGUUAAUUAUGUUUCAUUAUUGAAUGAAAUAUGUAAUGUUACUGCAAUGACAAUGUGCAGCAGUUGCAAACUAGCUAAAUGAAUGAAAUAGUAAAUGAAAAAUGAUCUUUCAUACUGAGUAUAUUAAGUGUAAUUCAGUUCUAUGCUGUAGAGUAGUCUAUUGAUCUAUUUGAAUUGUUUGCUUUUAAAUUGUUCACAACCUUGAAUUCUAUCUGUUUUAAGGACUGAUGCUUACAUAUUUCUCUCAGAAAUGAAUAAGUAGUAUCUAAAACAUCUGAGAACUUUACUCACUUUCCAAAAUUGACUGGCAAAACAAUAUUUGGGAAGGAAAAUAUCAGCCUCAACAUCAACACUUACAGUUGCAGAUCAUGAAGAACUAGCAUCAUGAUUCUUAUGGAGUGACGCUGAAUGAAUGACAAACAGUAGUUGUAGAACUGCACUUCCAUCAAACAAAUGUAAGAUAAUAACUUACUUUUGCAGCAAACAGAGUUUGUUCAGUUAACGAAUCAUGGUUACUGACUUAAAAAAAACAAGAAAAUUACUUGGCAUGAAGUUGCAUUUUAUCAUUGUUGCAGUUGGAUCAAUGAAAACUGUUUGCAUGGGGAGAGGUGGUGGUGUGAGAGAGAUACAAAUCAGCCUUUUGUGGUUUGCAUUUACAUUCAUAAAGGUCCAAGAUAGGAAAAUAAAAAUAUGUUUCAAUUGCUUGACCAAUG